AUGGCGGCCGUCGCCUCCCUCUUUCUAUGCGGAAUGGAGAUGGGGUGCAUCAUGGUACGCCUGUGGCGGCGCUGUCCGUGUGGUCGUACAACUCAGACACCAGGUGAGGGAAUCGCUGUGGAUGCCUCGCCAUAUACAGACGACUCUCUGCUCCGACUAGCCCCGUACGGCGCCAUCCAAGAGCCGCCAAUGGCGUACCUUGGCGAAGGAGAUGCGUCGUGGAUGUCGCACACGUCGUUGGCACAGUGGUAG